AUGACGGACAACGCCGAGGCGGCCGGCGACGCCCAGAUCACGUUCAAGGUCAAGACGUCAUCGGAUGGCAACCACGUCAUCACCAUGGCCGAGGCGGCAACAGUCCUCGAACUCAAGACGAAGCUCGCCGGACAAGACUUGGAGAACAUCCCGAUCGAGCGUCAGAGGUUGAUCUACUCGGGGCGUGUCAUGAAGAACGACGACACGCUCGGGUCCUACAAGAUCAAGCCCAACAACACCAUUCACAUGGUCAAGAGCGCCGCCAGCAACCCGACCCGGCCGGCGGCGACGUCGGCCUCGACCCCGCCAGCCAUUCCCGCAAACAUGGCCUCGGGCACCGCCAACAACCCCCUAGCUGGCCUCACCGGGGCCCGAUAUGCUGGUCACCAGAUGGGUCCGCCGAUGGACGAGGAUGGCAUGCGCCGCAUGAUGUCGGACCCGAACGUGCAGCAGGCGGUGAACGAGGCCUUCAACAACCCCGAGUUCGUCAACAUGAUCAUCCAGUCGAACCCGAUGUUGCGUAACAUGCCCGGUGCCCGAGAGAUGAUGCCGUACCUGCGACAGGUCAUGACCAACCCCGACAUGAUGGAGCGUGUCAUGCAGAUGCAGAGGGCCAUGGCAGGCGGCGCCGGCAGCUUCCCGGCACCCGGAGCGACGGAUUCGACCGCCGCCGCCGCCGCCGCCGAAGCGGAGCAAGGGAAUGCGAACGACGAGCGAAACCCGCUGAUGAACCCGUUCAUGAUGGGUGCCAUGGGCAGGGCCCCAGGUGCCGGCAACGACCACAUGGAAACGGACAUCAACCGGAUGCUCCAAGCCAUGAACAGGGCGGGACCCAACCAGUUCGGAGGCCUGUCUGCCGCCGCCGGCACGGACGCGACGCCACAGCAGGAGUCGCGGGACGGCCAGGCCACCGCUGCCGGUCAGCAAGGAGCGGAUCGGCCCGAGGGUGCGGCAAGCCAACAGGCUGCGAACCCUUUCGCCGCCUUGUUCCCGCCGUCCGGGGAUGCCGGCCUGGCCAGCAAUCCGUUUGGCAUGAGCCCCGAGAUGAUGCAGCAGAUGAUGCAGAUGCUGGGUGGAGGAGGGGCGACUCCAAACCCGCCAGCCGACAACAGGUCCCCGGAAGAGCGGUAUGCCGAGCAGCUCCGCCAGCUCAACGACAUGGGCUUCUUCGACUUUGAUCGCAACGUGGCGGCGCUGAGACGGAGCGGCGGGAGCGUCCAGGGCGCGAUCGAGCAUCUGCUGAACGCGACGGACUGA